AAACUAUUGGCUCUCACAGCUCAGGCUGUGGAGGGAGCGCCCCCUGGUGGUGCCUCCUGUUGCAGAUAAUUGUUUUAAUGUUAAUGAUAAAGUUUAAAGUUUCUGUCUUUCCUUCAGGAUCCUCUGGGUUUGAAGAACCGAAUGCAACUGUGACCGUUCUGACCACAGUUCUGAUGACCUCCGGUCCUGCAUAUGUUCCAUCUCCAGAACAUCUCAGCAUCAUGGUUCUGUCUCUGGCCCUGCUGGUGCUUCUCAUCCUGAACUUGGUUCUCUGCUGGCUUCAUAGACGCCAUCAUAUGUUCCCAGUGCAGCAAACUCGCUCCUACCAGAGAUAUUCCCACGAGAAUCCCCAGAACCGCAACAAGGAGAACCUAAACCUGGUGAAAGUCGGUUCUGACCCGCUGCAGGCAGACGUCCCCUCCAGGAUUCUUUGGACCCAGAUUAGUAGCGUUGACAGCGCGUCAGUAGAUACAGACUAUGAGCAGUAUGACCCGAGCAAUGACCCGUCUGUCAGGCUUUCAACCUUUCAGAAUUCUCAGAGAUACAGAACCGAACCCAAUGCUUCACUGAAGCCUCCGGCUCUGAGCAACCUCGCUGAGGAAGGUUCUAGAUCUCCAAACAAAGACUCUGCAGCUGCUGGUUUUCCGUACAGCAGAGCGUCAAAGAUCUCCCAGGAUUCCUUCGACUCCUCCAGCACCUCCUCCGGUGAAUGCUACGAAAACGUGAACCCGAGCCACAAAGCCGACUUUGAACCGGGCCAGAACCAGGCAGCUUCCAGCCCUCCGCUGUACACCAACUCUGGGAUUGGAGCAGGAGGACACGCGUUUUCAGAUGAUGAUGAUGAUGAUGGUGAUUACUGCCCUGUGAGCCCAGACUGAUGAUGAUGACGACGAUGAUGAUGAUGGAAUGAGAUGCUGGCCGCUCUCAGAAAUGGAGGAAAAAAACAAACAAACUGCAGAAGCUUGAAUCUACAGGUUUGACGUUAAACUGAGCUGUGAGUGAAAAACACUGAGGAGAAAAAACUUUAUAAACUCCAGGAUGCUGAGGGGAACAAAAGUCCGUUUGGACCUGAAUCAAACUAUCUGAAUGCUGGAGGAGAUCGUCAGUCUUCCAAUAGUCAUUCCAAAAAAGUUAAAAAACAAACCACUGGACUCUGUUUUCCAAGUCUGAAGACGUUUCGCUUCCCAAGAUAGAGACUAGUUGAUAGGGAUUAAUAACAUAACUCUGUAUUGUCCUAAAAAUGAGACCAACACAGCACACAAGCAGGAAAGGAGAGCGACCAGACGCACUGAGAAGUCUGUGGUCAACUCUGCCGGGACGUCUCAAUGGGCCAGUAUCGGGUGUUGCUGGCCAAUAACGACUCCCAUUAUCAACGGGGUGGAGCUGGUUUUCCAGUUUCAAUCUGCUUGUUUUCUAAUCCAUUACAAGGCUUCUGUUUGGCUACUCUAUAAAGCCUGGAACUCAACGCUAAUCCAGACAUUUGGAAUUGAGAAAAAUUCCAGGAAGGGAAGCGGAACGUCUUUAAACUUGGAAAACAAAGUCCAGUGGAUAAACUAGCUGAAGCAAACUGAUUACGCUCAGUCCGCCAGGAGGAGGAGGAGCUAAUCAUACUCAGUCAUGAUGAAAUAAAAAGAUCCAGUUUCAGAGACUCCAAUCUGAACGGAAACAAACUCAUGAAUAAAUCCUCCAGUCGUUUCCACAAUCUGUCAUUAGUUAUUCAGCACAGAUGGAGCCAGGAUGGAAAACGGUGUCCAUUUUUCCUAAAUAAAGACUAGAUUUUCAUUAAACUCUUGGUCAUAAAUAAAAACUCUUAUAAUAAUACAUCUUUGCUGACAAAAUGAAUCAUUUUUGGUUCUACAUCAUAUCCACAUUAAAUAGGUUUUAAUCAGUUACUCCUAGAUGACUGGGAGACCUUACCUUCUCCCCAUAAACCACAAAAAUUUAUCCCGAAAAACAUAAACUCAUUUUUUUCGCUUUAUUGCACUGCAAAAACCAUCUAGAAAUAAGUAAAAAAAUAUCUUAAAUUAAGUGUAUUUACCCUUAAUUUAAGCAGAUAAAUAAGAUGAUUUGC